AAAAUGUGGUGGUCAAAUCAAAUGUCAAAAUAAAAGUUCAUGAGUAGAAGAAGAAGUUUAGUGUAUUAUUAAUUUUUUAAACAAAAACUUUAGAUUAUACAAUUUUUCAGUGUGGUUCCUGGUUCGGCUUAAAUAGUAUUUUUUUGUAAUAUUAGUUUGACUUAUGUUUCGAUAACCGGGAAAAAAAAAGUUUUGGCCAACUUGAUGUCCUUCAGAAAGUUAUUACUUAACUCUGCCUACGACGCGCGAAGAAUUUAUGAUAAAGUCAUCCUAAGAAUAAAUUUCGUAACAGAAGGCCAUUUAAUUGCGUACCCUUUCUUAUAAUUAAGUUAAAUACAGUGUAUUUAUUUAAACGUGUGUGGGUUGACCUUUUCCAUGGAAUAUUAGCUGGUACUUUAACUUUUUUGUUUAAACUUGUUCCCUUGUUAAAUCAUUACAAAAUAAUAUAAAAAGUUUAUUUUAUAAUUCUACCAAUCAUAUUAUUAGAAACAUAUUCUUCUGACUAGUAUACAAAUUAUAGGCAAGGUAAAAGAUGCCUAGAAAACUGUUAAAGUUUUUAAUAGUCUUCGACAACACAUCACUCCUUUAUUUCCCUGGACAGUUUUUGUCCGGGAAGGUCCUAAUGGAGUUGCAAGAUGACACACCUGUGCUUGGUCUCCACUUCCACGUGAUAGGGGAGGGAGUGGUGAGAGUGGGCUCAGGCAGACACGAGAGGCUGUUUGACAAAGAGAACUACAUUGACUUCCGAAUGCGCCUCCUUGGUGAACCAGGCCACAGUGCUUCAAUCUUGUCGCCGGGCAUACACAGCUUUCCGUUCAAGUUGGGUUUGCCGAUGGGCCUGCCGUCCACCUUCCUCGGCACGCACGGCUGGGUGCAGUACUACUGCAAGGCUGCACUGCGGGAGCCCAACGGACUCACACACAAAAACCAGCAAGUGUUCAUUGUUAUGAAUCCAAUUGACUUGAAUCUGGAGCCUCCAGUUUUAGCUCAAGAGUUCGAGCUGAGCGUGGAGCACAAGCUGGGCGUGGGCUGCGUGGGCGGCGGCACGGUGAGCUGCCGCGUGGCGCUGGACCGCGGCGCCUACGUGCCGGGCCAGAGCAUCGCGCUGUCGGCGCUCGUCGACAACCGCUCGCGCACGCACAUCCGCGCCACGCGCGCCGCGCUCACCGAGACGAUCCAGUACAGCGCGCACGGCAAGGUGGCGGCGCGCGAAUCGCGCGAGCUGGCGCGGCUGGCGCGCGGCAAGCUGCGGCCGGGCGAGGCGCAACGCUGGCGCGCCGAGCUGCUGUACGUGCCGCCGCUGCCGCCCACCAACCUGCGCGGCUGCCACCUCAUCUCCGUGCAGUACGACGUCUUUUUCAUAAUCGAGCCGAAGAGCCUGGAGAAGGAAGUGAAGCUGCAGCUGCCGAUCCUGCUGGGCACGUACCCCUUCCGCGACGGCGACGAGGAGCACCCCCCCACGCACUACCCCACCACGCUGCCCAUCUUCCGCCCCUGGCUGCACGACAAACAGAAGGAGUGAAACUAUACAAGUGACGUAUCCAUAAUCCCACUCUCUCGAAGUAUGCUCUACUGUAGGCAUAACAUGCCUCUAUGACCAAUAACAGCGAAGUCUAAAAUAUCGCUCUCUAUCGUUGCAAUGGGAUGUAAGGCAGAGCGAUGUUUUAUAUAUGCGGCUAUUGGUUGACAAUAUGUCUUUCUCUCGUCCUGAGAUACUACGUGGUAAUAAACCUACUAGAAUAAGUCAUUCAAGUAAUGCAUUGCUAAACCUAGCUUUAGAAGCUGAUGGUGUUCAGAGUGCCUAGUGGGAGUUUUCAAUGUUUUCAUACUGUGAUGAUCGCGUAAACGUAAACGCGAAUUUCUAAGGAAUUUAAACAGUGCCAUAGUGGCACUACUGCACAACUGUUCUGUAAAUUCCUUAGAAAUUCGCGUUUACGUUUACGCGAUCAUCACAGUAUGAAAACAUUGAAAACUCCCACUAGGCACUCGGACUUUUUGUCGUUUCAUAAACGCAGACACUUUGUCAGCCCUUGUCUAUGUAUGAUAGGCAAAUAUCAUGGUUGCUUUGGAAUUUUGUAACAGGAUCAAAUGUCCAUACAUUCAAUCGUCCAAAUAUAAUGCAUGGUUUGCAUUUAGCAGCGUUUCCCAACCUUUUUCAGCCACGAACCCCUAGGAAAUCAAGCAGUUUUCACGGACCCCCUUAAUAAAAUAAACAGUAAAAAAAAUCCGAUUUAUUUUAGUUAUUACAGACCCAACAUAAUACUUACUUAUAACUGUUUAUUAUGAAAAAUAUGAAAAACAAUUAAUGUGAAGGUUGGUGUGCAUUUAUAUAUGGUCCAGAGAUGACACCGCGGACCCCCAUACAUAUACUCACGGACCUCCAGGGGUCCGCGGACCACAGUUUGGGAAACAUUGCAUUUAGUAAUUUAGUAUAGUCGUCAGUCUUUGUAGCACAAUAGCAAUUUUUCUUGCAACCCUUUGCCCAGACGUUGUUGAAGAAUUAAACUUUAUUCUUGGACUUUAGCUCCAUAGUUGCCUAUUGUACAUGCGGAAGGUUUUUUUAACUAGAGUAGCAUAAUGAUGAUAAUGAGUUUUCAGGUAAUUUUUGCAUCUAUGCAAUGUCGUCAUUGGCUUGUUAUGCAGUGGCGUCGCUUGGUAAUCAAGGGCCCUGGUGCAAAUAAAAAAAUAGGGCCCCACUACUAAAAUAUUAAAAUACUAGCGGACACGAAUACUAGUGGAAUUCAGUUUUUCACUAAACCCGCGGAAUACAUGGAUUUUUCCGGUAUGAAAAGUUGCCUAUGUGUUAAUCCAGAGUAAAAUCUAUUUCCAUUCUAAAUUUCAGCCAAAUCGCUUCUGUAGUCAGCGGCGUUAAAGAGUAACAAACAUCCAAACAAACAUACAUCCAAACGUCCAUACAAACUUUCGCGUUUAUAAUAGGAAUUUUGUAAAAAUAUUUUUUUUUUAUUGAUGAUUACUGAAUAAUAAUAGCAACAGUAAAUAAUGUAUUUUGCUUGAAAUAGUAUUUGUAUGCUAUAGUCAACACUUACUGAAUUAUAAAUUUAAAAUGUAUAAUAAAAGAAAAUAAAAAUUUCUGUCAUGAAAAUAUGCAAUCAUUCAAAAAUUUAAAAAAAUGUGAGGUAAAAAAAUUCAUGCUCAAAGGAAGGAAGUUUUUAGAUUUUGUAUCAUAUAGUGGAUAUGCCAGCUUUAAUUUUGAUUAUAUUGUUUCAUGACUUAUAUUUAAAAAAAAGAAAGAAAAGAAAGCCUUCCAACAACCUCUCGCGUAUAACAUUAGACGGAUAUUAAAUUAUUUUAAAUUGCAAUUAUUAAUAAUGGUGCUUUUAAUGGUGGCUAUGUGUCCAAUGUGCUUUUAACAAAUAAUUUUGUAAAACCUUGCUCAGAAACUUUGUAUUUAGUUAGUGCCAUUCUCAAUUUUAUAAAUAAGGUAAUAACUAAACAUUAACUAUGUCAUACUCUUUGUAAGUGAAUCGGAAGAUUAUGUUAAAACUUGAAAAAAUAUAUUAAAUGAUGUAUAACUAACCUGUGAUAUACCGGUCCGUCCUUUUAUUGUAGUAUUAAUAUUAUUACUAUGUAAUAAAAUUAUUUAGAUGAUGAAAUAUAAUGUAAUUAAUUUUAUAUUAAGAAUAUAAUAAAUAUUUUAUAUUUA